GGAAGGGGAUAGAAUAAGUUGUUUUUCUUUAUAGGAAUUUAUUCUCGGAUAUAGCCAUACUAGCUGGAAAAUAAUGAAUUAUUUAGUUAUUAUAUCGAUAUAAACAUCCCGCACAGGGGUUGUGUUUUAAACCUUGCGUCAAGAUCUUCCGUGGAAGGGUUCUAUCAGCUGUGAUGAAAAGUGUCAUCAGUCUGUUAUUGUGUUGGCAAACAUGAAGAUUUGGUUAUUGUGAAUUUCCUUGUUACUAACAAGCAGUGGCUGUGCUUCCAUCACUUAGCUGCAUAAAAUGCAGUCAGUAGAUCCACACAAUGGGAAAAACUUUUGGAAGAAAAACAGUAAAUCGGUGCCUGGCAGCAUGCGAGCUGUUUAUGGUGCCAUGCAUCCUCCCAUCACCCGUUCUCCCAGCGUGAACCUGCUGGGAGAUGUAGUGCAGUGGCAGUAUCGUAAUCAAGAAAGGUCGAGUCCGAGAAAAGAUGGCGGACCAAAAAAGCAAGAGUCGGGUGAUAGUUUCCAAGAUUACCAAGAGUCUGUGAAUGACGCGUGGGAUUGUGGAGAUGAUGAAUUCUGUGUCAUAUCAGAUGUCAAAAUAUCCAAUCGAAUGGUUCAGUCAGCAGCACUCAGUGUUAUCAACAGUCAUCGAUCCGGCCAGCUGGGGACCAAUACUACCACUAUAGCGGAACUCCACACACAAAUACCGCCUGCCCUCGUUUCAGCAGAGAGCACCGAAACCGUCACGACCUCCCAUAGCACCGUCAACAACACCCAUACUUCUACAGCUGUUAUAUCAUUAGAGGGGAUGCUUCCUCUGUCCAGAUUAGAUCCUUCUGCAGCAACUCAUAGGACCCCUGUCAUCAGUGCUUCGGGUAGUGAAAGAGACGUAGUUAAACAAGAUAAAUUUCUAGAAUUAAUUGCAAGUAGUAACACCAACCUUCCUGAACUACGAGAACUUUCCUGGUCGGGCAUACCACCCUCUGUCCGUGCGAUUUCGUGGAGGCUCCUGAAUGGUUAUCUUCCUGCUAAUGUUGAACGACGAGAAGAAACAUUGAAACGAAAACGUGAAGAAUACUGGAGUUUUGUUAAACAGUAUUACGAGACUAGACAUGAAGACAUACAUCAAGAUACAUUUAGACAGAUUCAUAUAGAUAUCCCAAGGAUGUCUCCGCUGGUUCCCCUCUUUCAACAAACUAUUGUACAAGAAAUGUUUGAAAGAAUCUUGUAUAUCUGGGCCAUUAGACAUCCUGCCUCUGGAUAUGUCCAAGGGAUUAAUGAUCUAGUAACACCCUUCUUUGUUGUCUUCCUCUAUGAAGUAGUUCCAAAGGAUGAAAAAUUGGACACGUAUGACAUAGAACUAGUUAAUGAGGAGGAUCGUGCUAUUGUGGAAGCGGAUAGCUUUUGGUGCAUGUCUAAACUUCUUGACGGGAUCCAAGAUAACUACACCUUUGCCCAACCAGGAAUUCAGACUAAGGUGCAACAACUCAGGGAAUUAAUGAAGAGAAUUGAUAUCAAUCUUCAUCGCCACCUAGAAAAACAUGAGAUCGACUACCUCCAGUUUUCUUUUCGAUGGUUCAACAACCUACUAAUGAGAGAACUACCACUUGGAUGUACUGUUCGUCUGUGGGACACCUUGCACUCAGAGCCUAACGGGUUCUCUCACUUUGUGUUGUAUGUUGCUGCAGCCUUCCUCAAGCAUUUCUCCCAGCAGCUAAUGGCUCAGAGAGACUUCCAGGGUCUAAUGCUGCUGCUCCAGAACCUGCCAACAUCUUACUGGUCUGACAGUGAGAUCAGCCUCCUAGUUGCUGAAGCUUUCCGUCUCAAAUAUGUGUUUGCUGAUGCACCAAAUCAUUUACAGGCCAAUAAAAAGUGAUACAGUGUGAAAUUGAAAUAUGGAGAACAAAUUGUAGUGGCACAUCAAACUUCAUGAAGUUUGUUGCAUAUCAGUGACUUAAAAAUGUUUCAUUGUACAGUGCAUAUAGGCCUAUGAUACAAGCCUAUAACCUGCAAGUUCAACUUUAGUGAAGGAGGUAAGGUGCAGUAUUACUGUUCUGAAUUAUGUACUGGUAAUGAGCUAAAGAAAUUAAUAAGUCUCUUCACUGACAAUACUGUACUGUACUUUUUUUGUAAAAAUGUAUCGUUUCUAUGAUUGCUUCAAAACAAGGUGUAUGAAGUGUGUAAGUUUAUCGAGGACUUUCAAAUUUUCAUUUAACUGCAGUGCACUUGUUAUUGUUAAAACAUUAUGCUAUUUCUUUGACCUUGGGUUAAAUUAUUUAUUGUAAAACAUUGAGGAUACCGACAAUAUUGUUUUAGAGGUACAUAGGUGCUUCACUGGCACUUGGACAUAUUCCUUGAUUUAUGCAAAUUAUCUCAGUUUCUCAAAUUUUUUUUUGUAUUUAUGUAUUAUAUAUCUUCAUUAUUACAUUGAUAUGAUAUCCUAUUUUAUAAGAGAUUGUUAUUUUUACAUGUAAAGCUGUUGACAUGCAUAGAGAAGCAUUCUAUACUCUAGCAAGCGCUGUCUUGCUUUUGAGGUAUUGAGAAAAAUUCUGACCAACAUAAAUACAUAUAUUUUUUAACGUUA